AUGGAUAGAGCGCCAUUCCCCAAGGUUCUCCAACUCUGUUCUGAACUUUCAGUCGCAGGACAGCCACGCCGGCUGAUCAAAGUUUCUGACUCAGAAACUUCAACUACCUCCGCAGGUAAAACAAGUGGCACCACAGACUACUUCCCAGGUCAGCCUUGGCUAAGGCUUCAGGACCAACAAUCAACUAUUACUCAGUUUCUGCGGAAGGACAUUGUAACAGAUGACCUGGACAAGCUUGCUCCUCAUAUGUGGUUACUUGCUACGCAAAGGAGCGACCACGUGUCAUCCCUUACGCAUCAACAGGUUCGAGGGCGCAAAAUUGUCGUCACCGAGAACCCUGGCCUCCACUUGACGUGGAUUUAUGAGAGAGUCUUUGUGAAACCACUACCCGAGUACCUCUUAUCACAUGCCUUCUGGGACUACUACCUAGUUGGAAGAGACUCGCCUAUCUCCGCGUCAGACAGGGAGGCUAUCCUUCGUGCCGCCAAAGGAUUCCUAAGAUCAUACGCGUUCUUGAUCCGACACAAAGCCGACUACCUCCUCGCAACACAUGAAGAUAACUUAGAGUUGGUUCCUAAAUCAAUCUCGUUCUCUAGCCUAGUCGAGUUUUUAAGAUGCUUUGAAGGAAUUUCCGAUGCCGAAGUCUCUCCUCGCUAUAUGUAUGGGGACCUCCGACUCACUCGCGUCAACUUUUGGGCUGCGGUCUUCUUGCGGCGAUCACGCUACUUUAAGUCCCACGGGCAAUACGGAGCAUAUUUUGCUCAGUACUACGGGCCCAUCCUAUUUGUCUUCGGAGGGAUCGCCAUCGCGCUGGGGGCCAUGCAGGUUGUUUUGGCAGUUGAUCCAGGACCUGCAUCUGAGAAUGAAUGGAUUCAAUUUUCUUGGAUGUCGCGAGGCUUUUCGGUUUUUGUGUUGUGUCUUGUACUGAUUCUUACAUUGGCCAUGAUUGCGGAACUCCUUUUCCUGGUCCUUCGAGAAGUCAUUUACGCUACCCGCCACCGCUAUCAAAAGAUAAAAGCGGAAUAUGCAUCUAGAAAUGAUGUAGAGAUGGACUUGAUAUAUACUUAG